CGGUAGGCUGACGUCAUAAGAGUAAACAGACACCGAGCAGCAAAGUUGACUCACAGGAUAAUAUCAUAACUCUAUGGGUCAAAGGUAAACUGUCAACCGACGGGGAAAUAGUCAACGGGAAGAAAUGUCGUCUGGCGAUGGAACCGGAGCUCGACUCCAGCAGUUCAAAAACAAGGGCAAAGAUUUCCGUGGGCUGAGGCGGACCAGGGCGGAGGUCAGCAUGGAGCUCCGCAAAGCAAAGAGAGAUGCCCGGAUUUCCCUGACGAGGGGAAACAUCCACAGCCUUCUGGACGAGCAGGAGCCACACUUACAGUCUUUUCAGCACUGGACUGUGGAGGACAUUGUCAGAGGUGUAAAUAGCCAGACUCUUGAUUGUCAGUUGCAGGCCACGCAUGCAGCCAGGAGGCUCCUUUGCGUUAAAAUGCACAUACCUGUUGAUGCCAUCAUUGCAGCUGGACUCAUCCCAAAGUUUGUCUGUUUUCUUGCACUGUUUGAAUGCCCUUCAAUUCAACUUGAGGCAGCACUAGCCUUGACUGAGAUUACUGCAGGCAGCUCUCCACACACAUCUGCAGUCAUACAAGAAGGAGCCAUACCUGCCUUCAUCAGCUUGGCAGCAUCACCACAUGAUGUCCUCAGGGACCAGGCACUUUUUGCCCUUGGCAGUAUUGCAGGUAGUGGAUCCACCUACAGGGACCUGAUCAUCAAGCACGGUGGUCUUCAUCCAAUCCUAGCUCUGCUGGAAACACCCAACCUUUCUGUGUUUUCUUCUACCUACCUGCGUAUCAUCACCUGGACGUUGUGCAACCUGUGUCGCAACAUUGACUCCGAGCCUCCUUUGGCGUUGGUGCAACACCUGCUCCCGGCCCUGCUGCGCCUUCUGUACUAUGACGACAGAGAGGUUUUGGCAGACACCUGCUGUACCUUCUCCUACCUGACAGAAGGCUCCAAUAAGAGGAUAGAGGUGGUACUGCAGGCUGGGCCCGUGCCUCGAUUGGUGCAGCUCCUCACCUGUGGAGAUCUGACUAUCGUGUCUCCUGCCCUGCAAACACUGGGCAACAUUGUGACAGGGACAGAGGAGCAGACCCAGAGUGUGCUGAACGCGGGUUUCCUGGCUGUGCUGCCCGGCCUCUUGCAACACUACAUGCCAAGUAUACAAAAAGACGCAGCUUGGACUGUGUCCAACAUCACAGCAGGUCGUGACUGUCAGAUUCAGCAGGUUAUCGACGCCGGCCUGGUGCCUAUCCUGGUGGACAUCCUUCAGCAGGGAAACUAUAAAACACAAAUGGAGGCAUUGUGGGCCAUCAGCAAUUAUACCAGCAGUGGAACAAUGGAGCAAGUUGCCUAUCUUGUCAAAUGUAAUGUUCUGGAGCCUCUGCUUAACAUGCUGUCAGCUAAAGAAAGCCAUGUUGUCGUGUUGAUCCUGGUUGUGAUCACCAAUAUUUUACAGAUGGCAAUCCAGGUUGGUGAGAGUGAGAAAUUGUGCCAAAUGAUCGAGGAGGUAAAUGGUUUAGACAAAAUCAAAGCACUGCAGUUCCACGAGAAACAAGCUGUCAGCAGGGCCAGCUUUGACAUCGUAGACAAAUUCUUCUGUGGAGAAAUUGAUUGCUGAGGUUUGGGCUUUCAAGGCAAAAGCUGUUUCUGCUACAUUCCUGAAAACCAAAAGCACUUUCUCAUUUUACUACUUGCAGAUUUCUUUGUAAUUUAUGAAAAAGAAAACUCUUGACACUUUUGUAAGUUUUUAGAGUAAUAUUUUAUUUUUGUAUGUGUGCAAAUGACUUUGAAUUUUGAUUUUGCAUGAUUUUUUUUAAAGAAAUGUUAUGCAGAGCCAUGGAUUGUUUGUCUUUGACCUGCACUUUAUUUUUGUAAGUGACAAAUAAUAUUUGCUUGAAAGCAAUAAUUAUAAAUACAUUUAUGCAGA